AUGGCAGCCCAUGUGGAUCCCCUUGUGGUUGGGAGGGUGAUCGGUGACGUGGUGGACAUGUUCGUGCCCACCAUGCCGGUGACCGUGCGCUUCGGGACGAAGGACCUGACGAACGGCUGCGAGAUCAAGCCGUCCAUCGCCGACGCGGCGCCCUCGAUCCAGAUAGCCGGCCGGGCCGGCGAUCUCUUCACCCUGGUUAUGACUGAUCCGGACGCACCGAGCCCCAGCGAGCCAACCAUGAAGGAGUGGCUUCACUGGCUGGUGGUUAACAUACCUGGUGGAUCAGAUCCUUCUCAAGGGGAGGAGGUGGUGCCCUACAUGGGUCCGAAGCCGCCGUUGGGCAUCCACCGCUACGUGCUGGUGCUGUUCCAGCAGAAGGCGCGUGUGCUGGCGCCGGCUCCCGGCGGCGACACAGCAGCGUCGGCCAUGCGCGCGCGGUUCAGCACCCGUGCCUUCGCAGAGCGCCAUGACCUGGGGCUCCCCGUCGCCGCCAUGUACUUCAACGCGCAGAAGGAGCCGGCCAACCGCCGCCGCCGCUACUAG